AUGUUUCACAUCUAUAAAAGCGUUCGGAAGGAAAUUUUUUUCUUUCUCUCUCUCCCCAUCCCUGUCUCUGUCACCCCAUACGGUUAUAUUCUUUUCCUUCUGUCGUGUUCUGUUCAUUGUCUGUCUAUCUAUGUUCAUUAUCUAUUUCCCAUCUAUCCCAGUCUUUGCAUUAUCUAUCUAUCUAUCUAUCUAUCUAUCUAUCUAUCUAUCUAUCUAUCUAUCCCAAUCAUUUUAUUAUCUUGCUAUUUAUUUAGCUAUCUAGCUCAGUCUGUCCAUUAUCUAUCUAUCUGUUCUUUAUCUCGAGCUGUCUUUGCUAGUAUCUAUCUAUCUAUCCAUCUAUCUAUAGACGCAUCACUGUGUCUGUCUGUCUAUAUCAAACCAUUCAUAUUUCUGCAUAUAUCGUAUGUGCAUCUAUCUAUCUAUCUAUCUAUCUAUCUAUCUAUCUAUCUAUCUCUCUACCUUUUUUAG